AACACGCACCAACCAAACCACCUACCUACGUAGCACAAACUAGCCUGGCCACUAGCCAAAAUCGUUCAGCCGCGUCCAGAGUCUGGCCUCCAGCUGCUUAUCAUCGUUGGCCGAUCGAUCGAGGCCAAUGGCUGCUGCGGCGGCGGCGGCGUUGUUCGACGCCCUGGACAAGGACGGCGACGGCAAGGUGUCGGCGUCCGAGCUGCGCGGCUGCAUGGCGGCGGCGCUCGGCGAGGAGGAGGCCGCGGCCGUCGUCGCGGCGGCGGACGCGGACGGCGACGGCCUGCUGAGCCGCGACGAGUUCCUCGGGCUGGCCCGCGAGGCGGCGGAGGCCGACGACGGCGACGAGGACUGCAGGCGGCGGUGCCUGAGGGCGGCGUUCGGGAUGUACGCGGACGACGCGGCGGCGGCGGAGGCGGCCGAGGGCGGCCGGGAGCUGUACAUCACGCCGGCGAGCCUGCAGCGGAUGCUCGGCCGGCUGAUGGUGGGGUCGCAGCAGCAGCAGGUGGCAUUGGACGAGUGCAGGGCCAUGAUCUGCAGGUUCGACCUCGACGGCGACGGCGUGCUCUCCUUCGAGGAGUUCAGAGUCAUGAUGCAUGACGGCCUCAUGUGACACGAUCCACGUUCUUGUUAAUUACCACCUUCGCUCACAGUUGCAUAUAUAUAAUUCUUUUUUUGUGAAUUUUGGCUUUACUUUUAAAGAUUUAUAUAAAAACGUGGAUAAUUCGUGUAAAUUUGCAUUGACUUCGACUACUAUCAUGCAAAAUAAAUUGAUAGUUCAUA